AAUCGGGUUGGUGGACCGUGUCUAAAUCGGAUUCGGGUCUUUUAAUUUGAAGUUUAGAAGUGGAUAGGAUCAUGGGAUUACACGUGAAGCUGUUAACAGACGCAUGGGACUGGGGUUUUAGUUGGUUAGGGUUUUAGCACUGUCUGACCGGAAGCGGAAGAACAAGUGUCGAUUUCUCAAUUUCAAUCUCUCAGAGAAAAUGGCACUACAAAAUACAAUAACAGGGUUUCAGCAUAUGCUCUCUGCUGCUGUUACUCCUCGACAAACCAACCCAAGAUUGGAGUCCUUUUGCCUCUCCUUCUCCUCACAAGCCUUCCCCAAUUCGCCUUUCCUGAGCGUCAACAGAGGAAGAAGAAGAAGUGGGUUGAGAGCCUCUACAACCCCACAUAAACUGAAAUCCAAUGAUGGAGACCAAGACUCCAGUGAUAGUGAUAGUGAGGGUGAGAAUGAUGAUGCUCCUAUUAUGAGCGAUGAAGAGAGACGGGAAUGGAGAAGCAAGAUUAGACAAGUGAUUGAUGGAAACCCUGAUGUCGAGGAGGAGAUGGACCCAGUUCUCAAAAGGAGGAUGAUGCAAAAGCUUUUGGCUGAUUACCCUCUUGUUGUGGAGGAGGAGGACCCCAAUUGGCCUGAAGAUGCUGAUGGGCGGGGGUUCAACUUGGAUCAAUUCUUUGACAAGAUUACCAUCAAGAAUGUCAAGAAGGAUAAGGGUGAUGAUGAUAAUUACGAUAGCGAGGAUGAAAUUGUGUGGCAGGAUGAUAAUUAUAUUCGUCCCAUCAAGGACAUCAAGACUGCAGAGUGGGAAGAGACUGUACUUAAGGAUAUCAGUCCUUUAAUUGUUCUCGUGCAUAAUCGCUACAAAAGACCGAAGGAAAAUCAGAAAAUUCGGGAGGAACUGGAGAAAGCUGUGCACAUCAUAUGGAACUGCAGGCUACCUUCACCAAGAUGCGUUGCCAUAGAUGCUGUUGUUGAGGUUGAUUUGGUCUCUGCUCUCCAAGUGUCUGUUUUCCCAGAGGUCAUCUUCACCAAAGCAGGAAAGAUCUUACACCGAGAGAAAGUCAUUCAAACGGCAGAUGAGUUGUCAAAGAUAAUGGCGUUCUUUUACUAUGGAGCAGCCAAGCCACCUUGUCUGAAUGGCGCUGGAGAUAGCCAAGAAGCCAUCCCAUUAGUCCCAAUCAAGAGUUAAACACUCCUAAAACAAUAGGUAUAAGAUUAAUGCAAUGGCAACAAUCAGUUGCAGCUUUCUGAGGGUUAGUGAUUGGUGUUGAGAAUGUGGUUGUUCUUCACACAGGGGGCCUGGGAAUCAGUUUUUGAAUGAAUAUUGUGAGGGAGGUCUGUAACUGUAUAUCAAGGUGGUACUUGAUUCCCUCAGGGGUGAGUAAGUUGUUAUUUGUAAGCAAGCAAAGAUGAAUAUGAAUAUGAAAAUGAUGGAAAAUGCUGUUUCAGAUUCCAA